UUAAAACGGGCCACACAGAAAGAACUGGAAUACACCACCGAUCCAUAUCACAUCGCCGAGAAUGUGGCCAAGAAGCUGGCAGCGAAAGACUUUGACAAAGCCCUGCUCCUGACCCAGACUGCCAGCAAAGACAAGCAGGUUAUCGUCAGUUGGAACCACUUGAUAGAGUAUCAAUUCCAGAAUCAGAAGCUACAGGCUGCCAUUAAACUGUUCAACGAUAUGAAAAAACGAGCCCAGCUUCCCAACGCCCAGACCUACACUAUCAUCUUCAAAGGAUGCGCUCAGUCCAUACAUCCCAAGCUGGCCGUCGGCGAGGCUCUCAAGAUCUACCACGCCAUGCUAAACAGCAGCCGGCUAAAGCCCAACACCAUCCAUCUCAAUGCUGUGCUGGACGUAUGCGCCCGCGCCCAGGACCUCGAGUCCAUGUUUGUCGCCCUGCGCUCUGCAAGCGGCAUUCGCGCUCCCAACAACCUGACCUACACCAUCAUUCUCAACGCCUUGCGGCACCAGAAGUCGAACUAUGUGAACCAGAACGAAGAUGCCAAGGAGCAGGAACCGGCUGUGAAAGCUAGCAUCGAAACGACGAUAUCCCGUGCCAAGCUCGUCUGGGACGAGGUCAUCACACGCUGGAAGAAGGGCGAGAUCAUUAUGGACGAGGAGCUGAUGUGUGCCAUGGGGCGAGUAUUGCUGCUUGGCGGUGCCAAGGAGACAGACUCUAUCCUCGAGGUGGUUGGGGAGGUUUUGGGCAUCACCAACCUCCUCGACGGGCAGCCAGAAACGGAGCCAGAGCCGCCCACCCCAGAGCCACGACGACAGAUGCCUUCCCGGAGUCUCACCCCCAGGGCCAUGAUCAACGUCGCAGGCAACAACACCUUAUCCCUCGUCAUGCGCGCCCUAGCACAGGACAAGCGAACGAAACUCGCCGCGCGGUACUGGGACUUCAUGAGCAUAUCGUACGGAAUCGUUCCGGAUCGGCGCAACUACCGCGACUAUAUCGACUGCCUCUCGACCGGUGCAUCAUCCUCAAAGGCCGCACGGGUGCUCGCCAGCCUGCCCGGCGACAUUCCUGACGGCAACCUAUACCGCCGCGGAUUGUUGCUCUGCCACUUCGACACAUACAACGCGAAUGCCUUCCAGAACGCGACCACGAUCUACGACGCCAUGGUCAGGAAGCUGAAGGUUCCGGACGCGAGGUGCAUGAAGCUGUACCUGCAGGUAUCCACGAGCAGCUAUCGCGGUCUCAGGGACACCGACAAAAGUUCCAAGGAGGCGGGUAGAGCCGGCGCCUACGGACAACAGAUGCUCACAGCCCUUGAUCGUGUCUGGGAACCGCUGAGACGCGCGACAAAUGCGCUAAGCUACUCCGAUGCGGCGACGUCGUCCGCAUCGCCCGAGGAGGCUUGGAAGCGCUCGCACGCUAAUCGCGAGGAGGUCAUGGAGGUGGCCAAGAGAUUUGUCGCCACGAGUGAUAAGGUCUUGUCACAGAAUCUUAUCUCCAAGACGGAUGAG